AGGCGUAUUUAAAGCUCUGGCGUCGGUUGCAGGAGUAGCGGACAACCUAUGCAACCAAGCUGCCGCAGAGCCGAGCGACUGUCCGACAGCUCAGCGGACAUAAACACGGAACCAGCUGCUGACACGACCCGGCGAGGUACGACUGCAGAGCUUAAAAUUGCAGCCUGGACCAAAACGUCUCAACGACAUUUAUGAAGCUUUUAAGGCCUUUUGAUUGAUCAGCCAAUCGAUGGGGAUUUUCAGAGAAGCUCCGCCUGCCAUCGCUGCCUGCCCUCCUCCCCCCUCCCCCAGCUGCCUCUUCCUUGCCCCCACCAACUCCGUCAUCCAGACCUCCAUCCAGCCCUCAUUACACAAAAUGACUCUAGAACUUACUGAAUGGUCUUCUAUAUGGAUUUUUACAGCCAGUAAUAGACAAUAAGGAAAAAAGGGAGAAAACCUCAAUGACAAAAAAGCCAUAAACGCACACACACACACACACACACACACACACACACACACACACACACACAUAUACACACUCACGCAUACACACACAAACACACCUGACACACAUCAAAAAGCGAACACCCACUCUUGGAAUGUACUUCACACUCUUUCUGUGAAAAUUCAACUGCUUCCUUUUAUUUUUCUGGAUUUUCUACAAGCCUUUGGAAAGUUGAUUUUGUUUUGUUUUUUCCACUCUGGGACAAAACAAAAAGCAGAGAGGAGGAUUAACACGUGUUGAAUUUGAAGCUGCAGUGUUUUGGGAGGACAACUUAUUAAGAGGACAAAUGAUUGCUGAUUUAGUUUUUAGUUUUAGUUUUACAUUAACAUGCCAGAUCUAUAGAUCGUAAAUCAGUUUUUUCCACAGCCUUUUUGGACCCAAAAUUAAAAUAGUUAUUGCCUUGCAUACUGGGACACAAUCUGUUACAGGUUUUUUUGGUUUUAGUCCAGUGGUAAUAGCACUCCUCAUUUUUUUACUACAAUAUAACCAGCACGUUACUACCACAGGCUGCAAUUUGUAGCUCGUAAAGAUUGUAAUUAAGUCACUACUUGUUUUUAAGUAACUUCGAAUUACUUGAUACGAGUAGUUUGAAGAAGCAGGGACGUAGUAUUGUUUUUUCUUUGGUAGCUACAAGUAAUUGUUCUCAGAUUUGUCAACGUGUUUGAGGGGGUGCACCUUUUUUUCUCGUUGCGUGGAUGCCCUCCAUCAUGCCUCCCCAGAACACAGAGGCUGACGCUAUGCAGGUUGGAUCUCUGGUGGGUGGUGCUAACGCCAAAAACUCAACGGCAUCAGGCUCGGACAAGGAGAAAGGAGGAGCAGGAGGCGAGACAGAUGGAUCAGGAGGCGGUCGUGGAGGGGAGGAGUCAGCGAGCGAGGGAUCUGUCGAAGGCAUACCUUUGAAGAGAUGGGUGAUGCAUGGUGCCGUGAUGUUCGGCCGGGAGUUCUGCUAUGCCAUGGAGACGGCACUGGUGACACCUGUACUGCUGCAGAUAGGGCUUCCAGAGCAGUACUACAGUCUGACAUGGUUCCUCAGUCCGGUCCUCGGCCUCAUGUUCACUCCGCUGAUCGGCUCUGCCAGCGACCGCUGCACUCUGCGAUGGGGCCGGAGGAGACCGUUCAUCCUGGCUCUCUGUAUCGGGACACUGAUUGGAGUAGCACUGUUUCUGAAUGGAUCGCUGAUAGGUUUGUCGAUGGGUGACGAGCAGGGGAGACAACCGAUAGGAAUUGUUCUUACUGUGCUGGGAGUGGUGGUGUUGGACUUUAGUGCUGACGCAACCGAGGGACCAAUCAGAGCGUACCUGCUAGACGUGGCGAACACCGACGAACAAGACAUGGCGCUCAACAUCCACGCUGCCUCAGCAGGUCUUGGUGGCGCGGUCGGCUACGCCCUUGGAGGUUUAGACUGGACGCACACUUUCCUUGGAGCAGCCUUCAAGUCUCAGGAGCAGAUCCUCUUCUUCUUCGCUGCCAUCCUCUUCUCCGUCUCUGUGGUGUUACAUCUCUUCAGCAUUGAGGAGCAGCAUUACUCGCCCCAACAUGACAGGCUGGACCAGGAGAGUCCAGAUCGCACCAAACCGCAAUCUUUGGCCAAUGGCAGGACUGGACUUCUCGCCCCCAAGCUGGAAUUGAUUGGAGAGGAUGAAACGAUAGACAGCUACGACCUCUAUGACCCCUACGGGGACGACCUGUCAGAGCGUGGAGAUAUGGACAUGGACUUUCUAGAGAUGGAGCUUGUGAGAAGUAAAAGUGACAGUGUUCUCGCCAUGGCAGACUCCACUCUCAAUCACCUGGACCACGAUGCAUUGUUCCUGUGCCACCUAGAGCCGUCCAUCUUUGCUGACCGCCUCUCAUCCUAUCACAGCUCGCCUCCUACGACUGGUAAUUUAUUCAAUCCCAAUCGCAGCACUCCGCCACCUCGGUUCGGCAACAUCAGACGCAGCAGCAGCGCAGGAAGCCAGGACCUGCUCCAAACCAACAAACACCAAACAAACACUACCACCCCCAGGAUUUCCCGCCUCUCGGCUUUCUUGCAGGAAAUGGAAAAUGAUGACGGUCAGGAGGCGUUGCUGAACAACCAGCUCAAUGAGCAGCGGACACUGAAUGGACGGCUGUUAGCCAGCGUCACUAAUCCUGAUAGAGCUAGCACGAACAAGCUGAGCUCUAAAGGACAGGCUCAUCGCGUUGGAAUGGUCAAAGCUGCCAGUACUGGAGCCCCUAUGCGACAGUCACGUCACCGUCACAUCUUCUACCGCCAGCCGUCCUGCACCUUCUCCUACUACGGUCGAGUGGGGAGCCAACGCUACCGCCGGGCCCACGCCGCUUAUCUCAUCAAGCCGUCUCGCAGCAUGAAUGACCUGUACGAAGUGGAGGCCAGACACAGGAGGAGGCACAGACAGAGCAACAGGCACCGCAGCGGAAACACCAACUCCUCCAGCGGAGAAACAGAUAGUGAAGAGGGAGAGGUUGAGACCACCGUGCGUCUGCUUUGGCUCUCCAUGCUGAAGAUGCCUCCGGAGCUGCUGCGUCUGUGUGCCUGUCACCUGCUCACCUGGUUUUCCAUCAUUGCUGAAGCCGUCUUCUUCACUGACUUCAUGGGACAAGUUAUCUAUCAUGGAGAUCCCACCGCUCCUGUUAACUCUACUUUGUUGGAGGAUUAUAACAAAGGAGUUCAGAUGGGAUGCUGGGGACUGGUUAUAUAUGCCAUGACUGCUGCUACAUGCUCAGCUAUCCUUCAGAAGUACCUUGACAACUUUGACCUGAGCAUUAAGGUCAUCUACAUCAUGGGAACGCUUGCAUUUUCCAUAGGAACUGCUGUCAUGGCAAUCUUCCCUAAUGUGUAUGUUUCCAUGGUGAUGAUCAGCAGCAUGGGCAUCAUCUCGAUGAGCAUCUCCUACUGUCCGUAUGCUCUGCUGGGACAGUAUCACGAAAUAAAAGAGUACAUCAGACACAGUCCUGGUAACUCCCGAAGAGGCUUUGGCAUCGACUGUGCUAUCUUAUCCUGCCAGGUGUACAUCAGUCAGAUCUUGGUGGCCUCAGCUCUGGGUGCUGUAGUGGAGGCUGUUGGCAGUGUUCGUGUCAUUCCCAUGGUGGCCUCUGGGGGCUCCCUCUUAGGAUUCUUCACCGCCCUCUUCCUGGUCAUUUACCCAACUCCAAACCACGGGAACGGGGAAUCGGCCAAAGCUUCGAAACGGUCUUUGACAAAGCCGGAAAAUUCCAAGAGCAACGAAGUGGCAGUUACCGUGGUGACAGAGAAACCUAGCUUCCUGAAACUCAACAAGAAGGGCAAGGCCACCACCUCCACCACUUCCUGCCACACGGAGAAUGAGUCUGCUCUGUGAGUGGUUGGCUUAAGUCAACUGACACAUUGCUGCAGAAACAAUUAAAUUCACUUUUUAAACGAUCGAGGAGGGCAGCUGGCGAACGUUUGGUCCACUCUUGGUGUCUGUUCUUGUUUUGACAGACCUUUUCUGAUUCGCUGUGUCUUGAUUUGCUGAAGACUAAAGAAAAACUAAAUCUGACGUGGGGACCAGUGUCGCACCAGACUAACUCACCCAACAAAAAAAAUGCAUUCUGGUCCCUGUGCUGUUUCAGCCAUUAUAGAUAAUCCAUCCACUUAGCCCUCAAGGACAUUUGAUCUGAUCUGUCAGGGUCUUCCAGAAGUGAGUAAUCCAUUGGUCACGGUUUUAAGGAGAGGUUGUCUCUGUUUCUCAGGGCCUCUAGGAGGUACUACUGAGCAGCCACCUGGACAGGAAACUUCAGGGGAUUUACACACAUACAUACACACACACACGCACACCUCUUCAUCUGGGGUCAACACAAUCGAAUGAAUACAUGAAUAAUGAACGUUGUUGAUGAACAUUAGUUCCUGGAAGCUACAAUCGUUCCAAAAUGGUGAAAAUUGUUCUUCCUCGCUGUGGAAUUGGCUCGAUUAAAUCUUUGCCAAGAUGAUGUGGCCGAGAUCGACAAGAGUGUCUGUGUCUGCGGACGUUUUCACCAAAAUAAACCCAAUAACUCACUCGAAUUUGCUGGACAUUUACAGCACUCUGCAACAGUAGCUUUAAGACUAUAGACUUCUGGAAGUGGCAUUUCUGAAACUAAGAGCCCAAAGCCUGGUUCUUUGGGGAAAUAUUUGAUCUUGAGUCCCCGGAUUGAUUGCAAAUGUGUGUUUCUUUCACCCUCCUCCACAUGGCUGGAGUACUAAAGUCUUUAAUUUAGCCUUCAAAGUUGACACUAUGCUCUGCUCAGAAGUUGCUUGUAUAUUGAAGGUCAAGAAUACAGAGCGCAAAUGCAAUAUGUGCAGUAUACAGGGCAUUACAAUCCCAAAUAUUAUUUUCAUGAUUUAUUGAGGGCCCAGAAUGCUGCUUCUGUUUGUUUUGAAUAAUCUACACUAGCCUACAUGCUGCAUGUUGGAGGAGCAGAGAAGAGACAAACCAAACACCAGAGAAGAAGAGAAGACAGAUGUGGAGUUGUUCUCUCUCUCUCUACUUAUACUCUCUAAAAGAAAAAUGUUUUUUUGAAAAUGCAGUUGGCACAAUGUUUGUCACUAACUGACAUUAGCUGAGCCAUCGUCUGAAAGAGUGUUAAACAGCAUUCAAUUAGAAAAGCCUUGUUUUUAAAUCCUCUUGAGUCUGGAAUGGGACACAAGAAUAUUAGAAUGGAUCCUGGAUAUAUUGAAAGAAAAAUAUAUAAUAAGAGAGGCAAAAUAAACCUUCUAGGCUUGGGAACUAGUAGCCUAUAUUACGUGAGCCUCGGUGGAGGAUUUACGCCUUACUCCUGGUUUAGUUGUCUUGGUUCCACUGUACUGGGCCAAAUAUAAGUAAAAUAUAGUAUUUUAAAUGCUCAUUACAUCUGUGUGUUGUACGCUGAAUGGAUAUUUAGAAGAGGAUAGAGGGAUAAGAGGAGGACUGGAGAAAUGUUUUCAUUUUAAAAAAUAUAUUCAAAUAUUCAGCAUACUGAGUGGUAUUGAUCUUCUCAUCUGUGUACGUCCCAAAAUGCCAAAAUAUGCUUUUAAAUGUUUGAACUUAAGCAAAAUUUGACAUGUUACAAAUUUGGAAAUACAUGUCUUAACUUGAUCUAAAAUAAGACAAUGGAGGCCGUUUUAAAAAGUUUUAAUGUCCUUGUAAACUUAAAAUUCUAAUCACAUCAAAGUCAACAUAGUCUUGAAAACUAGAACUUUACCGAUAGUUCACUUGGAAAAAAUCCAACAUUGCCUCCUGAAAAACUACAAAAUAUCAAGAAAAAUUUGACCAAAUUACAAAAUAAAGAUACUCCAUGCUGCAUCAGAUGUUAAUGGUGGAUGAGGAAGUACAACGGUUAGCUUUAGAGUUACUUCAACCGUGUUAACAUUUAUACACAGUGAUAAGAUUAAUGUGCUAAUCACAAAUACAUUUUAAUAAAUACACAAGGUGUGGAAAAUGAAACUAAACUUGUAUUAUUACUGAAUGAUAUUGAGUGUAGACCGAUAAGGUUAAAUAAUCUAGGAAUGUUUCAACAGCUGACAAUGCUGGACGUAAAAAAAAAAAAUACAAAAUACUUGUAGUAAGAAAGAAAAAAUGAACGGUUUAAGAUUUUACUGUGUCUUUUUUGUUUUCCGACUAAUCAGAUCCUUUGUGGCAAUAAUGGCGUCUGUUAAUCAGCUGGGGAGGGGCUGUGUGAGGGUCGUGUAGGCAGAGCAGGGUUGUUUGUGCUGGUGAAGUCCGGGAGUUUCUUCCCUACAUCUGUCAGGGUCAAAGGCUGUGGAUUUGGGUCAGUUUUCCUUUCAACGCAAUCAGCAUAAACAUGCAAAUUGAAAGGAAGCGAAAUGUAAAUUGCAGUGAGUUCAUUUAAUGGUGGAAGAACAACUUAUUUUAGCGUGUAUAACAACAUUUAACGGAGAAGCUUAUUUUUACUUUUGGUUUUAAGAAGAGAAUUCACUCACUGAUGAAUGGCUGACAGAAUAGAUUCCUUCCAUAAUUUCAGGUACAUUCGGUCAGUCCCAGAGCGGGGUAGAGAGAGAGUAUUGCCUUUCUGGGUUGAUCACCCCUUUGGUGCUGGGACAUAAAAAGCAGGGAUGACAAAAGACGAGGAGGUACAGACGCCAGAGUUUUGAACGGCUUCUGUAACCACUAGGGCAAUACAAUAUUCUGGAUUAACUAAUGGACACACAACUUCAGUUUAAUGACAAACAUAAAGAUAAAAAAAAGUUUGGGGUUUGGGAGGUUUGCAUGUGACAACAGCAAUAUGCAUGUGUGGAACACCAAAGUAUGACUCUGUACAAAUCACUCAAGCUCUUUUCUUUAUUGUCCUAAUAGGUCAGGUUUGUAUUUCCUAAUGCAUGGCUGGAUGUUUGUGUGUUUUUGUUUUAAAAUGUGUAAAGAAAAACCAACAUGUACUCUUUAAGCUGAAGAAUUGUGCUCGGUCUAGGGUCAGUACACGCUCAACAAGCUUGUGACUUUCUAAAAUGUUUGCACAUUUAUGAGCAACACUCUUUGGUAAAUGUGCAGGCGAGAGACUCCAGGCCUCAAAUACUUGAAGUGCAACUUGAGUGUUUCUUUUCCAAGGUAGUGGGAAAUCUUUGAAUUUAGUUUUCUUUCGUUCUUAAUGUCCCAAGCCAUUAUUUACCGCAGACUCUGGAAUGUUCAGACAGCAGCAUGGCCUGCUGGGAGAUUGAGUUCUUACCUUUGAUUCCAUCUUGUGACUUAAAUGUUAAAAACAAAGUCAAUGAAUGUGAAGUGAUUUCAGCAGAAAUAAUUUUUGUUUUGAUGUUCGACAAGCCUGACAUUGCACAGAACUUGCACAUAAUAAGUUAAGAAAAAACAAAAACAGUAGAAGCGUGUUGCAAAAGGAAGAAAACAAAUAACUUUUGAUAUUUAUUUUUUUGAGCUUUCUUGUCUAUAAAGGACACUUUUCACUUAGUUUCCAAAAGAAAAAAUUAAAGCUGUUCUAUUUGCUGUUACGGGAGAUGUUACAGGUGUGUGUGCGUGUGAGUGUGUAUGAGAGAGUAGUCAUCUCAGAUCUACUCACAUGUAAAGCCAGAGUGUGUUAAAAAUGUCAUCUCAGUGUUUGUUUUGGGUUCUUGUUCUCUGUUCUUUGCAAUCACCUGGUUUACACUGAACUCUGGAAUCGAUGGCUGCAAUACCGAAAGGUUAUUUACGAGUCUUUAUUGUCUCUGUUCUGGUGAUUUAACUCAUCUAGAAAAUGUCCUUUUUUGUCUCUGUUUGAAUUGUAAGGCAGAGCCACACAUGUAGAGUUUGACCUUUGCACUUUUUCAGUGGCAGCCAUGUUGGCUCCACCUUCCUGAUCAUUGAAUGAAUGUGGUGACGCGGUGAGCAGUCAGUGGCAGCAGUCAGUGGCAGCAGUCGUCAGUGGCAGCAGUCAGUGGCAGCAGUCAGUGGCAGCAGCGCGGCGACCAUAAAGUUAGUCCAACCUGGCCAGACUCAGUGUGUGUGUUUGUGUGUGUGGCUCUGCCUCUGGUGAACUGUGUGUUAAUGACGGAGGAGAGAUGCCUAUAUACUUUGAUCCUCACAGAGAUUAAAUCAAGAAGAAUACUUAAAGAAUGGGAAAGCAAGUAUGCGCAGUGUACUAUAUAUAAUAUGCCUUGUUAUUUGAAAAAAAAGAUGUAAAUAUACAUAUUUCUCUUAGUUUCUUCUUUUUUUGCUGCUAUAAAAAAGAUGAUUAUUUUUGUUAGUAGUUUUGUUUUCUAUAUAAAGACUGUAUAUAUCUCUAUGUUCUGUAAAUAUGCUUGAGCCUUCAUAAGUAGGACUCUGGAUGAACACUGUAUGGAACGCACCUUUAAAAUCUCUUCAGAAUUAAACCAA